AUGCCUUGUGUUCUUAUUGUUAUUUUCACUGUGACUUUCGUUUCGUUGGCUUCUGCUGGGUUUCACAGAAUUCCGAUUCAUACCGUUGGGAUUAAAGCUCGUGGCCUUUACUCAACACCCUUGUAUCCCUCGUGUGCAUCGUUACAAUUUCCAUGUGCAACUGGUCUAUUGUCACCAACCACUGGUUGCAUUACAUCCGGUCAAUUAUGUCACGGCAAUAAUCUUCAAGCUGCCGGCUGUUAUGAUAAUGCUCUCCAAUAUUGCUCGAAUUGUCAAAAUCAAUGCGAAAGUUGCAACUACGGCCAAAAUUCUUGUUCGGUUUUGGCGCGUCGAGCGCCUUUGUACUUGAAUCAAUGUGAUGAAUGCCAAAAAACGCAUCAACUGGAAGGAUGUGCGAAUAACGCGCUUGAGCAAUGUUGUAAUAAACAAGACGAAGUGCAGAAAUGUAAUUCUUACGAACAAUCUUACAGUAAUAUUGCAAAGAGAACAUUUCCAAUUACUGCACCCUGCGGAUGUGCGUCAGCACCUGUAAUCUCACCAUGUGAAUGUGGAACAAUAGCAGCACCCGUUUCACCAUGUGAAUGUGGAACAGUAGCAGCAGCACCCACAAUUUCACCAUUCGGAUGUGCAACUUCGCCGAAGGUAGUCGAUGCAAAACUUUGUGCUUCAAAAGAAUGUCAACAAGCCGGUUGUGAGAAUCAUGCUUGCCAGAAAUCCACCAAUCAAGCAAACGAAGAACAGUGUUGUGAUCAACAAGAACAUUCAUAUAGCCUCGUCACUAAACGUACACCAUUGGUAUUAUCGCAAACUAACGAAUGCCAAGAUCAACUCGCAAAAGCCUCUUGUGGCGGUGAAGAACUUGCGCAAUGUUCCGAUAACCAAAUUCAAGCAACUUAUUCUGACCAAUAUGAAAAAGAAUAUAAUCAAAUUGUAUAA